UCACCAUCCGUCUCAGCAACAACAACCAACCAACAGUUGCAAACUUAUUUGAGAGGGGGAUGCUUCUUUCUUUAUAAAAAAGCUUAAAAUAUGGUUAGUCAUGGGAUAUACCACAGACUUUUUUUUUUUUGUUAAAGAUAUACCACAAACUUAUACAACUAAAGCAAGAAAACAACCCUUACCAGCUGCAUACUGCAAUGGUUCGCGCUAAGAUCGACACUGGAGCUCCUUUCCGUUCUGUUAAAGAGGCUGUAACUCUCUUCGGCGAGAGAAUUCUUCUCGGAGAUAAUUACGUCAACAAGUCCGCAGAGAGAGUCAAUGGAGAUAGUAAUGGUUUCAGAAGCAAAAGCAUAGAAGCUGAGUUGGAUGAAGCAAAAGAGAAUCUAACGAAAGCUGAAGAUGAGAACAAGGCUUUGUCUCAGCUCCUCGAAACCCUAACACAAGAGCUUGAAACCACAAAGGAAAAGCUAAAUCAUUCGCUCAAAAAAUUCCAACAACACCCUCAAGUUGAAGAUGACCUCAAAUUCAUAGAGCAAUCCACGGUUAUGGAACCUGAUAGCAUCACCGAGAUUAAAAUGAACCCGCUUGAUCAAAAUGAAGUGUAUGAUGAGGAACGUCUGAACAGUAGGCGUUCGGUGAAGUUUUCGAAUCCACCGUUGUUAACGAAGGUCAUUGAGAACAAAGAUAAUAAGAAGAACCAAGUCAUGGUGAAGAAGCAGACGAAGAAGAUGAAGCCGUUAGUCCCAUUGGCUGCUUGGCUCUUUGCAAGAAACCGGUCACGUUAAUUAACCACUUUUAGCGAUCCUUGUGUCGCGUUUAUACUCACGUAUAUACCUGACGAGUUCUGAAAUAAUAUUCCCAAAACUAUUCGUUCGACUUUAUUUGUUAUAUUUGAUCGUCGACAUGUAAGUAACCGACAUGUAAAUAACAAAUUAUAUU